AUCGACCUGCUGAUGGCGAGCGAGGCCCGGCAGAUGGCCAGCAUAACGCACAAGAUCCGGAUGGACCUCCUGACCGUUAAUGACGUUUACCUCCUGUCCACCUUCCGCCUGCCUCCCAAGCAGGGGGGGACCCUCUUCGGCCUCUACUCCAAGAAGGACAACACGAGGUGGCUGGAGGUCUCUGUGGUGGGGAAAAUCAACAAAGUCCUGGUGCGCUACCUGCGGGAAGACAACAAGCUGCACUCGGUCAACCUGCAGCACGCGCACGUGGCGGAUGGGCAGAGCCACACCAUCAUCGUGCGCCUGAGUGGGCUGCGCGGGGACAUGCUGAGCGUGGAGCUCUACGUCGACUGCAAGCAGAUGGAUUCCAGCGUGGGGCUGCCCGAGCUGUCGGAGAUCCCCCUGGCAGAGGUGGAGUCCAUCGAGGUGCGCACAGGGCAGAAGGCUUACCAGAGGAUGCAGGGGUUUGUGGAGUCGAUGAAGCUGAUCCUGGGAGGGUCCAUGAGCCGCGUCGGGGCCCUGAGCGAGUGCCCUUUCCAAGGAGACGAGCUACUCCACACCUCACUGCCGCAGGAUGCUGCCUCUGUCCUGGGGCUGACCUUGUCCUUUCUGCUCCUGGCAGGUGAGCAGACCAAGGGGCUGGUCAAACCGCCGACCCUCUUCAACCAGGUCCUGACCGAGCUGCGGGAAGACAUUAGGGACCAGGUGAAGGAGAUGUCUUUGAUCCGCAACACCAUCAUGGAGUGCCAGGUCUGCGGCUUCCACGAGCACCGGUCCCGCUGCAACCCCAACCCCUGCUUCAGUGGCGUGGACUGCAUGGAGACGUAUGAGUACCCCGGGUACCGCUGCGGGCCCUGCCCACCAGGGCUGGAGGGCAACGGCACACACUGUGCCGACAUCGAUGAGUGCUCUCAUGCCAACCCCUGCUUCCCCGGCUCCAAGUGCAUCAACACGGCCCCCGGCUUCCGCUGCGAGCCCUGUCCCCGCGGUUAUCGGGGCAACACCAUCUCUGGCGUGGGGGCUGACUAUGCAAGGGCCAGCAAGCAGGUUUGCACGGAUAUUGACGAAUGCAACGAUGGGAACAACGGGGGCUGCGACCCCAACUCCAUCUGUACCAACACGCUGGGCUCCUACAAGUGCGGUCCCUGCAAGUCAGGGUUUGUGGGGAAUCAAACGUCGGGCUGCAUCCCGCAGAAGUCCUGCAGCAUUCCCACCUCCAACCCCUGCGACAUCAACGGCUUCUGUGUGUUCGAGAGGAAUGGUGAAAUUUCCUGUGCAUGCAAUGUGGGCCGGGCUGGCAACGGCAACGUGUGUGGGCAAGACACGGACCUUGACGGCUACCCAGAUGAGCCCCUGCCCUGCAUUGACAAUAACAAGCACUGCAAGCAGGACAACUGCCGCCUGACACCGAAUUCGGGGCAGGAGGACGCCGACAACGACGGCAUUGGGGACCAGUGUGAUGAUGACGCCGACGGCGAUGGCAUCAAGAAUGUGGAGGUGACUGUGCUGCGCAGGCGGGACGUGCCUGUGGCUCUGGGGGCUGUGCUGGGCAAAGGGCAGACAGAUAUGGACAGCGACCUGGUAGGAGACAUCUGUGACACCAACGAGGACAGCGAUGGGGAUGGGCAUCAGGACACCAAGGACAACUGCGCUGAGAUCCCCAACAGCUCCCAGCUGGACUCGGACAAUGAUGGGCUGGGGGAUGACUGUGAUAAUGACGACGACAACGAUGGCAUCCCUGACUACACGGCGCCUGGCCCAGACAACUGCCGCCUCAUCCCCAACCCCAACCAGAAGGACUCGGACGGGAACGGUGUGGGUGACGUGUGUGAGGAGGACUUUGACAACGACACGGUGGUGGACCAGCUGGAUGUGUGCCCUGAGAGUGCCGAGGUGACACUGACUGACUUCCGCGCCUACCAGACCGUCAUCCUUGACCCCGAGGGGGAUGCCCAGAUCGAUCCCAACUGGGUCGUCCUCAACCAGGGCAUGGAGAUUGUGCAGACCAUGAACAGUGACCCAGGCUUGGCUGCAUACUGGCAGGCCCCCCCCUUCCGCGCUGUGGCAGAGCCAGGGCUGCAGCUCAAGGCAGUGAAGUCCUCGACGGGCCCUGGGGAGCACCUGCGCAACGCGUUGUGGCACACGGGCCACACACCCGACCACGUCCGCCUGCUCUGGAAGGACCCACGCAACGUGGGCUGGCGGGACAAGACGUCCUACCGCUGGCAGCUGGCACACAGGCCCCAGGUGGGGUACAUCAGGUACAUGUGCCUCCACUGA